UGACAUAUUAUUUGUCACGUAUAGGUAUAGGAACGUGCGCGUCCGCCGUCUGGCCAUCUCUCUAUAUACAAAGCCGAGGCAAAUCGCAGUUCCCACACCACCGCAAUCCUCCGCGACCAGAGCUAGCCUACCGUCCAGCCGCACGCGUCCUAGCUAGUAGAUAGGAAGAAGGAAGCUAGCUUAAGGUAGCUAGCGCGCGUGUGUGUCGCCGUGCCAUCUCGCCGAUGGAGGAGGAGGACCAGGCGAGGGCGGCGCCGCUGCUGCAGCAGCCGCUCCCGCUCGGCGAUUUCGUCGACGACGAAGUGGGCGGCGGCGCGGCCACCACCAAGGCGGCGGGGCGGGCGGCGGUGGAGUGGUGGGUGGAGUCGAAGAAGCUCUGGCACAUCGUCGGCCCGGCCAUCUUCCAGCGGAUCGCGCUCUACGGGGUGAACGUCGUCUCGCAGGCCUUCAUCGGCCACCUCGGCGACCUCGAGCUCGCCGCCUUCUCCAUCGCCGCCACCGUCGUCGCCGGCUUCAACUUCGGCUUCCUGCUGGGCAUGGCGAGCGCGCUGGAGACGCUGUGCGGGCAGGCGUUUGGCGCGAAGAAGCACCACAUGCUGGGCGUGUACCUGCAGCGGUCGUGGAUCGUGCUGCUCAUCUUCGCGGCGGCGCUGACGCCGACGUACAUCUUCAUGGAGGACCUGCUGCUGCUGAUCGGGCAGACCCCGGAGCUGUCGCGGCUGGCGGGGCAGAUGAGCGUGUGGCUGCUCCCACAGCACUUCGCCAUGGCGAUGCUGCUCCCGCUCACGCGCUUCCUGCAGAGCCAGCUCAAGAACUGGGUCACCGCCAUCACGGCCGCCGUCGCGCUCGCCAUCCACGUCGUCGUCACCUACGUGCUCGUGCAGGUCCUGGGCUACGGGAUCGUCGGCGCCGUCGCGUCCGCCGACAUGGCGUGGUGGCUCGUCGUCCUGGGACAGUACGUCUACGUCGUCGGAGGCGGGUGCCCGCUGUCGUGGAAGGGCUUCACCAUGGAGGCGUUCGCCGACUUCUGGGAGUUCAUCAAGCUCUCCUCGGCGUCCGGAGUCAUGCUCUGCUUGGAGAACUGGUACUACCGACUGUUGGUGCUGCUGACAGGAUACCUGAAGAACGCUGAAAUCGCUGUGGAUGCACUCUCCAUCUGCCAGACGAUCAACGGAUGGGAGAUGAUGAUCCCGUUCGGCUUCUUAGCAGCAACAGGGGUGCGAGUCGCAAACGAGCUGGGCGCAGGGAGCGGCAAAGGUGCGCGGUUCGCCAUCGUGGUGUCCAUCACGACGUCCGUGGUGAUCGGCCUCGUCUUCUGGUGCCUCAUCCUCUACUUCGACGACAAGAUCGCGCUGCUCUUCACGUCCAGCGCGGUCGUGCUCGACGCCGUGCACCACCUGUCCGUGCUGCUCGCCUUCACCAUCCUCCUCAACAGCGUGCAGCCCGUCCUCUCAGGGGUGGCCGUUGGUUCAGGAUGGCAAGCAUUGGUCGCCUACGUGAACGUCGGCACCUACUACCUCAUCGGAGUUCCCUUGGGUAUCAUACUCGGUUGGCCGCUGCAGUUUGGAGUAGGGGGAAUCUGGUCCGGCAUGAUUGGAGGGACCGCCGUUCAAACGAUCAUACUCGCCUACCUCACUGUCAAAUGUGACUGGGAUGAAGAGGCGAGGUUAGCCAGUAUGAGAAUGCAGAAAUGGGCCGACGACUUGAAAUAAACCUACUCCAACAAUAUACUGCUGCACUUUGUUGUUAGACAGGCACAGGGAACCCUGAAGCGCUAAGAUACAGCCAUGCAUGUUCCGGCCUUCAACUACAUUUGGCGGCUGACGACCCCAGGUUUCUGAAGAUAGUGUACGGAACCUCCGAUAUAUAGCGGAAUUGCGUGCUGUCCUAGGGAUUACGUAACUAUAUAUAAUUGUGAUCCUUUCGCAGCAUUGUCGCAAGGAUAAUUUUUGCAAUACUGUUUCAGAGUCAAAAUAUUGUGUCAUUAUUGAGCUAAUCUCAGGACAGGUCAUUCGAAUUCUUCUUCUUCUUCUUCUUCUUCCUUCUCCUCCUCCUAUUAUUUUUUGCUAAUAUUAUUAUUAAAACAAAUGACAUAGGUGUCAAUCUACCGAGCAUGUAUUUGUAUCUAAUAUUAAAGAGCGAAGUAUUUCCUCCAA